UUUCAUUCGUUGGUACAGUGUCAAUGCUGGAGACUGAUAUUGGAUAGUCUGCGGUGUGUGGAGUGACUUCUGCACCGUAUCUUUAGAGUUUCCUGCUUAGUGUUCACGAAUUUAAACGAUGCCUGCCGAGAGUUUGCGUUGGGAUACACUCGAAGCCCUGAAGAACUCCAGCAAAGGGAAACUGAAAUACAACACAGACUGGCUGGAAAAGGGCGAGGGUGUAUUGGAGAGUGUGAACACGACCCCCAGCCUCUCUGCAUGGGUCCUCCGGCAGCUGAGUUCUCGAUCGCCCCAGAAAGCAGCCCCCUCCAGCCCCGUCUCUGUGACCGGGCUCUCCGCAGAGCCCUCCGCACCGGCCCGGGACCCCUCCCCUCCAGCAGAGCCCCGAGGCGCGGUAGAGUGGGAGGAGGUGCAGGGCGAUGCUGUGGAGAACACUCAGAAGGACCCCGACCCCUCCAUCUCCCUGCUGUCUGCACGGGCCACGCAGGUGGAGGGCUGCAUCCGGGUCUGUGAGAAGAACCACCGGGACAAGGCACAGGAGCUGCUGAGGCAGAGGCUGGAGCUGCAGGAGGAGAUGGUGGGGGCGAUGGCCAGCCGGGAGUCGGAGCAGCUCAAGAGAUUCGAGGAGCUCAUGGAGCUGAAACGAAGGCAGGAGUACCAGAGCGUGCGAGACAUGCUGGAGCGCAGUUCCCAGGAGGCUCUGGGGCGUCAGGAAAAGCUGAAGGAGGAGCAUCGCCACAGAAUGAAGAUCCAGAACCUGAAGCUGAGAGAGGCGGAGCUCCAGCGCCUGCGGGAGGCGGAGUUAGAACGCCAGCGGCAGGUGGAAGGGCGGGACAGGCUGCGCAGGCUCAAUUCUGUCCAGGAGGAGGUGCUGCAGCUCAACACGCUGAUCGACCCCAACUCUGUCCAGGCCUCCCUCGACCUGACGGAGUACAGCGUGCGCGGGAACCAGCUCUGCGGCCACGUCUCCGAGAUCAUCCGCACCACUGCAGAGGGAGAGUUCCCGAGCGCGGAGGACAUGGCGAGGGCAGAAGGGGCACUGCAGGAAAUGCGCACGAUGAUCGGCAUCAUGCGGCAGGACAUCGAGGCGGCCCUGGAGAAGAAGAGGAGGGACCUAGCGGAGGAGGAGGAGAAGAGGAAGCAGCUAGAGCUUCAGAGGCAGCAGGAGGUGAAGCCUCGGACCGCAGCGCCCUCUGCUGAGCAGAAAGGGAAGCAGAGGAAAGCAGGGCUGCAGACCUCGGCUGAGGAGAGCACUCUGAAGUGGUACAAGGAGCUGCAGGAAAUAUCCAGGCAGUGUGCCGCAUCCUUCGAGGAGCUCAACAGCAGCAAGGACAUGCAGACCAAGAAGCUCCGCAUGGAGCUGCAGAAGGCUGCCUCGAUUCCAGUCAGCCAGAUCUCCAGCAUCUCAGGCUCGAAGCUGAGGGAGAUCUUUGACAAGAUUGACGUCCUGCUGUCCUGUAAGAGCGUCCAGUCGGCAGGGCGUCCCGUCUCCGCCAGUCAACACCCCCAGGGGCUGGACUUCGUCAGCUACAAACUGGCAGAGAAGUUUGUGAAACAAGGAGAGGAGGAGGUUGCUUCCCACCACGAGGCGGCCUUCCCCAUUGCAGUUGUUGCCUCUGGAAUCUGGGAGCGCCAUCCCAAGGUGGGGGACCUCAUUCUGGCUCACCUGCACAAGAAGUGCCCCUACUCCGUGCCCUGCUACCCCCCGAUGAAGGAGGGCACCUCCAUCGAGGACUACCAAAGGAUUCUGGGAUAUCGCGUGGAUGACAUCGGGGUGGAAGCUCAGGACAGCUUCCUGAAGAGGAUGUCCGGGAUGAUCCGCCUCUACGCCGCCAUCAUACAGCUACGGUGGCCCUACAGCAACAAACAAGCGGCAGACCCCCACGGGCUGAACCACGGCUGGCGCUGGCUGGCACAGAUGCUGAACAUGGAGCCCCUGGCUGACAUCACAGCGACUCUGCUCUUCGAUUUCUUGGAGGUUUGCGGGAACGCUCUGAUGAAACAGUAUCAGGGACAGUUUUGGAAGCUGAUUCUGAUGAUUAAGGAAGAGUACUUCCCCAGGAUCGAAGCGGUCACCACCACCGGACAGAUGGGAUCAGUGAUGCGACUGAAGCAGUUUCUUGAGGACUGCCUCAAACGUCGUGAAAUUCCUGUACCGAAGGGCCAUCUGAGUUCAUCGUUCUGGAGGUCCUGAGCGGGGUGCUGUGAGGGCGUUUGGGCAGGAAGCUCUUGACUGGAAACAUCUGGGAUCUGCAGCUGUGGUGCUGACGUUACCGAAUCUGAAACCGCUUUUGGGAUCUAGAAAAGAAAGAAAAAUAGCAACUAGGUGAUCUCAAUGCAGCAGCACUGGGCAAAUCUAGUAUGAAAUCGUCCCAUUGCGAAAUCAUGAUGUAGAAGUAAUUGUCUUUUGUUAUUCUUUGUACUUUAUACCUUAGACUUACAGCUCGGAACAGGGCGCCAAGCCGAAGCAUGAUCUCAUAGCCGUGCAACACUGCUUGUGAUCUGUGUGCAUCUGUAGAGCCUGUUCUUUAAAACAGAGAUUCCGAUUACACAUGCAAACCAGUAACUUGAUCAUUUUGUAGGGAUGGAGAUAAGACUCCCAUUACAUAGCAGUUUCGCCCAUUUCCAAGUUUUACAGCGAGCUUGAUUAGCCACAGUGUAUAGGUAACAAGCUCAGGUGUGUCUGAUUAAACUCAUAGGAAAACCAGGAAUGGAUCACACUGCUAUGCAAUGGGAGUCUUAUUUCCGUCACUGGAUAAACAUGUUUCUUUUUUCUUCACGAUGUCACGUUUGCCCAAAGCUGUGAUCGUGUUUUAAUGAUCGCAUUGCAGGGGCUUCCCUAGAAGCAGCAUAUUCUGUUAAAGAACAACUCCUUUUUUUUGUUUUUUAACAAAGAAAUAUCACAGCUCUCUUAACAAAUAUAUUCUUCUUUUUAGGUUUUGUAUAGCAUGUUCUGUCUCACACCUCACAUCCUGGUGAUUUUAUUAAAAAUGUUAAACCCAUGCUCCAUGGAGCUCUCAAACAUGUCUUCUCUCGGAGCAAAGCUGGUGCACUACAGUGUGUAAUCAUAAACCUGCCCUUGGUGCAAGAAACGCUAAUAUAGAACAGUGGGGGCAGUGUUCCAGGGGGGACAGGUUAUUGGUUACACUCUGGUGUACCAGCUGUACUUAGAACUAAGCCAUGUUUGAGAGCUCUAUGGAGACCCUAUGGGUGCUAUUGAAAAAUGAAACAGAAAACGAGACACAAUGUUUCUAAACAAGAAGAAUACCUUAGUUAAGGUAAUUGCGAUGUUUCAAACUCGUUCCAGGUUUAAUGGUUUUUACCCACACCCCUGGAGCAGGUGUGGCUCAUCACUGUAGUGAAUGAGGAGCACACUGCCAGCGGCUUUCCUCAGACACAGGGGCAUGUCCAGUAACAGCAAGUGGAGCUCUCUGCUUCCCCGACUGGGAGUCUUGGGUGAAUCUUGCAUUGCAUGUGUUAUUUGAAUCUCUUUUUAAUAUGGUAUUAUAAACGUGGUUGUGCCAGUGGUUAUAGUCUGCUAUGCUCAGUGGAUUUAGAAGCAAAACUUGAACAUACCUGUAGUUACAGGGAAGUAUCUAAAAAUGUAAAAGCUACUUUUCUGUGUAGCCCUGUCUUACAUUUUUUUUUUAAAUCUUUUGCAUUUUGUGAAAUGGCGCUCUAUUAUAAAUGUUUGCGAUUUUAUUUCUGGGUUUAAGUACCUAAGAGGAAGUUUAAUGCAUAUGUCCUCUCUCAUUGGUUAAAAAAUUGCCUAUUUUAAGAUGAUUUUGAUGUUUUGAUAUUUUAAGUUUCAGAACUGUAGAAACACAACGGAAUGGCCGUACUCUGCAAUAUCGUUUUAUUUUUUUGAGUUUUUUUUUUAAACUUCAGUCCUCUUAUUUUAUUUAACUGUAUAAGGUGUACCUGUUAAGGUGUGUGUGUGUAUAUAGAUUAUUAUUUGAAUGUGAAUUAGGGGCAUGGUGGUUUUCUCUUGGACUUGACCACCUCUCCCCUUUCACCCUUUUGAUUCGCUGAAUCGUGGUUGUUCAGGAACAACGCUCUGGGAUCUAAGGGUUAAACCCGCCCUCUGAAACAGAUCAGUGAACUGAGACUCUGCACUGAAUUCAUGAAGGGGCAGCCAAUUCAGCUCAGCCCGGCGCUGCCAUUCCAGGCUCUUAGUGCUGGCACAUUUAACAGCUCUGUAGCAACACCUGAGUCAGCAAAUUGCAGUGCGUUGUCAAAUGGGUGUGCUGGCUGGAAUAUUAAAAAAAAAAAAAGAGCAAGGAGAUCCGCAGUGCUGCAGGAAUGCAGGAGGCGACGUGAUCCGUGCAGAAAUUAUACAAAGAAUCCGGGGAGCAUGCCUCAUCUACAUCAGAUAUAUAUAACUGCUGUUUUACAUAAUAGAAGUGUCUGGGACCUCCUCUUUUACCCCCCAAGGUUCCCCGGACCACAGUUUGAGAACCGCGGCUCUAGAGAGUCUAGACGACGGGGGAGGGUUAGGAGGGGGCACCAUCUCUGUUUUAAAUCAGGAAUGACACAUAACUGUCUGGCUGGUUUCACAGACGCUGAUUCACGCUAAUCCUGGACUACCUAGUGUUAAUUUAGGUAAGGUAGUCUAUGAUCUGGGUUUGUGAAACCAGCCGUCAGCAGUAUGUGAGAGUGUUUGAAACCGUCCUGUACUGCCGUUAUGUACAGACGUGACCCCUGAUUCAUUCAGGGACGUGGUACUGUACUCCACAGAAACAGUAUUACCUGACCGAGUGAUUGAUUUUUGCAUGAAUGUAAUUCACUUGCUCUACGAACGGGCUUGUGUGUGGAAAACAAACAAACAAAAAAAACGUUAAUAAUGUACGUAUUUUAAUAAGGUGGUUAUUAAUGUGAAAUAUGAAAUGUGUCCGAUAUAAACGCAUAUGUUAUUGUAAAAGCUGGUGUAUGCAAAUGGUGUAAAUAAAACCCGAGCAGUGUA